AUGUCAAAAAAAAGUAAAAAACCCGUAGAAUUAUCAGAAGUAUUAAAGAAUUGGCUGGAGCCACGGAUUGUUCCAAAGUUACAAAGAGAUUUGACUGUUGAACAGGCCUGGGAAGAUGUUAUCAAGGACAUUGCUAUAAAAGUAUUAUCAGAACUUUCUUUGGAAAAAUUUGCAAGUGCGAUGUCACGUUUGGCUCAAAUUGAUGACUUGAGCAGGCUUUAUUUAAUUGAAGAUUUACUUGCAAUAACACCAAAUCCUGAUAAUGCAGACAGCGAAACAACUGAAAAAUUACGAAAUGCUUUACUUUUAAAGCUUUCACCAGCUCAUGCAGCAGAAGAAACCACUUCAAUAGAAAUUGAUCCAAAUUUUAUGAAUAUAGCUAAAACAGUCUUACAGCAUUCUCAUAGAGAUUGGAUAGGUACUCGUGAGGCAAUCUCAAAAUUUCUAAAGGAUUGUACAGCAAAAUUUAAUUCUGAUAGGAAUGUAUUUAUAGUAUAUCCUCAUUUAGAUGAAAUCUCGAGACAUUUUUUCAUAGAAAAAGAACAAAGAACAAGCCUUGAAUAUUUUUUUAGUUGUAUCCAAACUGUUGCUAAUAAAAUGGGAAUUAAAUUUCAAGAUCUUGUAAAAACCAAUAUUUUGGAUGGUGACAAGGAAUUUUUUAAAUCGUUCGCAGAAAAUCAUUUUCUUAAAAUGCUAAAGCUAGAUAAUGUAGAUAAUCCAAAUCAUACAUGUUUGAUUCCACCAUUAAUUAGACCUAAAUGGCACAAUCAAGCACACUUAUUGAUGAUAAUAUUACAAAACGCUCCCAAUUAUAGUAUGCCACGUAAAGAUCUGAUUGAAGCAGCACUGUAUUUAGACAAAAGAAUAAGUCAUAAAACAGGCUUACCAAGAUGUUAUAAUGGUCACACGCCAGAAAAUUCAGCUAGUGCAUGUUUAACGUACGUUGCAGAAAAGUAUUUUAUACCAUUUAAGAAAGACCCGGGUUCAAAAUCUCAUUAUAAACUUUCAUUUACUCCAAAUGAUUUUGAUGAAUUUUAUGGAUAUUACAAUAGUUGGACAAAAAAAUUAAUAGAACAUGAUUGGCCAUUGUUAUUUGGAAAAUUAAAAGAUAAUGUAUCUUCAGACAAAAAAAUUUUUAUGCUUUCAGUGGGUGUAGACACGAAUGUUGAUAUGACUUGUGUGCGAUGUUUAGAAAAAAAACAUUGUGAUUCAAAAUUUCCUUCGUGUUCUAAAUGUAAAGAAAACGGGAUACUAUGCAUUUACACAUUGACCAAAAGAACAAAGACAUUCAAAGGAAAAUCAAAAACCUUCAUUACCGAAUCAAACCUUUCGCCAGUUACAGCAAAAAAACAUGCACAUAAUAAUUGUUCUAAAUUAAAGAAUAAAGACAAUAACGAUCACAUAUUAGAUAAAUCUUCUUGUGAAACCACAGAUAGUAACGCAUCGUCAGCUCAAUCAGAAUUAAUAACUUAUAUACAAACAGAAGAAAUUCAUGAAUGGUUUGAUUAUAGUGCCGUUCCAAAAAGCAUCGAUGAACUUGUAGAGGUCAAGCCAUCCACUAUUCCCAAUGCAGGUAACGGAUUGUUUGCUAAACGAGAUAUUCCUAAUGCGACGCCAUUAGGGUUUUAUUUUGGUGUCCCAAUGCUUGAAGAAGAAUUUGAAUUACAUAAAGAUAAUAUUGGAAUGGCGGCAGAUUAUUCCAUGAGAUAUAAACAUACAAUACUAGAUGCAACAGAUAAAGAUGGAAUGCCUUACACUGAUCAAAAAGGAAAUGUUUAUUGUCCGUUUCAUUUUAUGAAUGAAGAUCCAUCUGGAAAUAUGAUAUUUCUAGAAGGACAUGAGAUUAAUCAGGUUAUAUGUUGGACCAAUCGAGAUAUUAAAGCAGGAGAGGAAUUAUUCGUUUAUUAUGGUGCAGAGGUUGAUAGACAAAACUGGAUGUUACAACCUAGACAAGACUGUCAUGACAGAGAUGAUUCUGACGAGAUACCUGAUUCUGAUAAAACAACUGAUUCGUCGCCGAUCAAUAAAGAUUAUGAAAAUUGUAUAGAAAUAGAUAAUAAACAAUUAAAAUCGAUAGAAAACGAGUAUGAUCAUAAAAAAAGGAAAAGCAAAGGAAAACCAUCACCAAAGAAUAAAGUAAUAAAGUUAAAAAUAAAAUAUCAAAGUUAA